UUGUAUGAAGAAAUAAGCAACAAAUAUUUUUUUAAAAGGGGAAAUUUGUGUUAUAACUCAAACAUAAUGUACGCGAGAGAGCUACAUUUGUUUUUCCUAGCAAAUAUCUCACGCGCAUCGUCUGCCUCCCUAUAAAUUCCAAUGCCGACCGAGUGCCCAUGUCGGAAGGUGCCUCGUCAACGAUCCGCCACUGUAAACCGGCCACGCUGGUCUCUCUUAUAAAGGGAACCCACGCGAAAGCAAGCUGCAUACCACGGCGGCGCGUCGCGCGCAAACGGAGCCGACACGACUGUCCAACGACCGUAUAGCAACGAACGAUCGCACGCGCGCAAUCGCCCAUACGGAGCGGCCAUUCAUGGGGUCCCACGUAUCUCGUUUGAUGACGACCGUUCGAACGCCCGAUACGUCUCGCCGCGAUGCGCGGUGAAUCGCCCUGCGAACGCGUUUACACGGGCGACGGCGUGCGCGGUGAAAGCCCUCGGUGAAUUACCUCCUGGCGAUCGGCGGAGUUGGUGGUGCGUGUACGCGCGCGUUCGAUCGCUCUCGGCGUGACCGUGGCAUCGACGGGCGUCUGACACCGUUGGCGAUCGACGGGAAGAUCCGCGCCGAGGAUCCCUGCAGUCGCAGACCAGACGUGGAUCUACCAGACGCGGACCGUUGCUGCUGCUCGUUGGUCGACAACAAUCCUCUUCCUGCUUCCAGCUCUCGAGAGAUCUCGAGGCGGUUUGCGGCAAUUUGCACCGAAUCGCUAUUAUGCGUUCGCGGACGAGCCUGUGGUAAUCAACCGUUAUCUAAACGAUCGCUCAUUCGCCGAUAAGGCUAUAAUUGGGAUUUCGAGAGGACAAUUGUGAAGGAGCAUGGCGCUGGCCAAGAUCAGGAAUUUCAUCGACAGCAGCCUGAAGACGGUGUCCACGCCGUUGGAUCGCACGGUGAAUUUGGAGCCGGAAAUCGGCAUCAAGAUCGUGCACUCGCCGAACGACAAGACACUGAACGUCACAGUCCUCGGCGCCAGACACUUGCCACAGAACUUCGGCUUCACGAGAGUCAAUAGCUACGUCGUGAAGGUGAAGAUGAUUCCUGGAAAGGACAAAUUUGAAACCACCUCGAGAAAUGAAUCCUGGCCGCAGUGGAACGAGGAAUUUGUUUUUCCCUUGCGCAAGGAAAUUAAGCAAAAGUUUGGCAAAUCGAAAGUCGUGGAGGAGGAAGUUAACGGAUCUAGAUUUAUCGUCGCGACUCUUUACGCAAUUCUUGAGGACAAGCCUUUGAUAGCAACUGAAAAGAAGGAUUCGGAUAAAACGUCGCCUACUAAAGAGUCACCGAAAAAGGGUGGGAAAAAGAAGGAAGGCCAAAGUAGCUCUGCCGAUCAAGACUCCACGAAGAACAAACUCCUCAGUCAGUUCUUUGGUAAGAAUUCUGACAAACUCGCGGAGCCUACUGACAAAGUCGCAGAGAGAAGAGCCUAUGAUAAGAGACGAACUAUUGGUGCGACGACAGUUCCACUUGAUCCGAAAAAUUUCGUUUGCAAACCGCCAAAAGCGAAGCAUGCCAGUGACGUGUCCACAGGUGACCUGUGGAAACCACUACGACCAAUCACCAGUGGUAUCUCAGGUGCCGAGGAACGAAAAGAGAACAAAAAGGGACAAGUCGAAUUGUCAUUAUGUCUCUCGAAGGGCGAGAAAGAUGAAGACGUAGGCGGCCUACUAAUAUUGUCUCUAAAUCGUCUGAGAUGUUCACUUCAAACGAUGCAUGAGCACGAGAAUCUUAAAGGGCAAAUGUAUUUGAAGAUGUCAGUUGUCGACAGUGGUCGAAUAACACAUUUCUGGAAGAGCGAUCGAUUUGCACCAACGGUGUCUAUGAAAUUCUCACCGGAGGCGGCGAGAGUCGUCGCUGACAAUCCGUACAAAGGGGCGCUCAGCAACGUGAGCUUCGUUGUAAAAUUCGUCUCAAAAAAUAAAAUAGGCAAGAAGACUCCCGUGGGUCAUUUUGUGAUCGGACCUGACGUUGGUGGAGCCUAUGGCGAGCAAUGGAAACAAGCUUUAGCGAAACCGGGGCAACAAAUAACGAAGUGGCAGGCGUUUGAAUAAAAAUAAGACGCGCGAUGAGUUGGUAACUUAUUCAACAUUACGAAAACCGCACAGCUGUUGAAAAGCGUAUUUUCCUCUUAUCUAGACACCGCAGCAAAAAUGAGACACGCUAUAUGCGCGUGUAAGCCAUAAAUAUUUAAGACACCGAUCGAUAAGGCUAUUCCAAAGAAUACCAUAGGAACGUAUGCGAAUGCAAACGUUUAAGUGAAUCUUUUCUGCUGCAUACGCUAACGUCCACGAUCUGCUGCUGAUCUUACAUGAUAAAAUCAUUACGUGACCUCGUAAGAGGCAAUUGUUUUUAAUGCAUGAAUCCAGUUGCAAUUCUCAAUCGCACGUGGUGUGUGGUAUUCUGUAAAUACAAAAACCUUUGCCAAUUUUAACCGUCCUUGAUUCCACGAUGAAGAGAACUUAUUGUUUCUGUUUCGACUCCGAAUUAAUGUAACCGUCCGUGUACGUAAAAUAAGAACUAUUGUGUAAGCAUAUAUGUAAAAUAUAUUAAACGGAUAAUUGUAAUAAGUGUAACACAUAUCAUAUUUCGUAAAAUCGCGAGAACAAGCUCGCCAUGUUGCUCUAAUAUUGAUAUUUUGUUUCGACACAGAUAACGUAACAUAAUUUUGAAUUAAGAUAUAUAUAGUUGUUUAGCUCAUAUACAUAGUUGUUACAAAAAUGUGUCGUUCAAGACGAUAUACCCUUCAAAUAAUGACAAAUUUGACUAGUUUUAUACGUAUGUACGUUAAAUGCUCAUUUUUAUCACGAAACGAAUCAAGCGGCGACCAAUAUUUUGAUAUUAACAAAUGAUUAUUUUCAAUUAACACGUUGUAAUACAUCGAAAUGUUUUCUCUAUCAAUAUUAUUUAUAUGUUUAUUAACGUUAAUUAUUUGAAAUCAAUAUUAAGAUAGCCACAAAAACUACAAAACGUAAUUAUAAAAUUGCACUACAUCCCUUUAAGUAUUAAUUAGUAUUAACUUUUUCAAAUUAGUAUUAAUUUUUUCUAACAGCUCAAAUAAGAAUGCCACAAAAAGAAAUCGUUAAAACUUCAAGUAUUUACAAAAUGAUGUAAUAUCAGUUAAAAUAUUUAUUAUAACUUUCUAUAAUUGUUUUAAUAAUGUAAAUUUUUUAACGCUAUUUUAAGGAAUAUUUGUAUGUUUGUAGCUGCUGACACACCAAAAAAUAUACAUACAUUUAGUUAAAAA